GUUUCUGUGAGAGGAGAGUAGGUAAACAGACGGCUGGCUCGGCCGUGUACUUGCAUCACUUUAUAAUUGUUUGCAUUUUUACGUAACUUAGACUCUUACCCGAAAAUGGACACGACGACACGGUUCUUCACCAAGCUGAGAAAGCUGGCGGUGACUCUGGAAUCAGAAACUGCCAAGCUCCAGCACUCCUUUGAGAACCGCAACAACGACGGUGACAGCGAAACCACUGCGAAAGCGAUGCGAGCAUACCACGAACUGAACUGCGAAGUCGGGAGCCUAAAGGAGCAGAUCCAGAACCAGUUGUGUCAGCAGAAAGCACAAAAGAAUGAGGUGAGCAGCUUCAUUAAAGCCUGCAGAGUGAUGGAGCAGAGGGUCACUAAGGACAUCCAUAUUCUGAGGGGACACUGGGAAAAAUACGGUUACCAAGCUCCGAGACCAGCCAACAAGGUUCAGGAGUCAGAGGCUGAAGAUGAGGUAACAGAUAAGAAUGAAACUGAGUCAGCAGGAGAAGAGGAGGGAAGCCAGGAGGAGGCUGGAGAUAAUCCCGACUCAUCAUCUCCAAAAGUGGGACAGCCGCCUUUCGCUGACGCGCUGCGAACCCCGCAGCUUUCUGACUUCGGUCUGUCAGAGAUGCAGCUGAAGAGAGCUUUGGCUGGGGCGGAGUGGUGCGCUGAAGUGCCCCCUAUGCCUGAGAUGAGCCUCCCUCACCCCUCACUCAACACACCCGCACCACCACCCAUGCCCAUAACUCCCAAAUGCGCCCUGCGGAUGGAUGAUGAUGAGCUACAGACACCCCAGAUGCAUCACUUUGGCAUCUCAGAGCACACCAUGUGUCUGAACAAUGACUUCACUAUGGAUUUGCUCCGGAAGAACGUUGAAAAGCCGCAAAGACCACCACAAGACAAACCAGUACCUCCAGUGGACUCUCUGAGGGAGAGUUUGCAGACAAAAGCAGAGAACUUAGAGUCCCCAGAACCACCUGUGUUUUGCACCCCGGGGUUCAAGAUCAAAAAGACAAAUGGUCACUGCUCCCCACCUGCGCAAGGCAGUGGUGACCCAGAAUCCCCCACUCACCCUGGAAUCCUGCCUACCACCCCUGAGGUCCCAGCAUUUCAAACCCCAUAUGUGAAUCGACUUGUCAGCACCAAAAAGAGUGCGCAGCAGCCCGAGCCUAUCAACAUGAAUGUUGACGAUGACGGCCACACCUUCAAACUUCCAACGCCUACUCAUAAUGGAGUAACUGGCUCCAAACGCACCUGGGAGUACAAUGUGCCAGACAUAUCCAUCAUGGGUGUGGAGGACAAGCAGAUGCCAGAGAUGCCGAACCUGGAGUCUGUUUUGGGAAAUUCUCUACAAAGUCGAAGAGCAAAAAUCCCAAAGAACACACAUGAGCAUGAAAAGGCGAGCAAGGAGCCCAAUGUCAACCAUCUGGAGCUGGAUGGACCCACCCAGGAGUUCAGCUUGGGGACACCUCGCAUCAGGAUGGACUACCAAGAGCCCAGCACCCCUGAGAUGCCCGACCUCAGCUCUGUUACACAGGACAUCUGUAAACUCGUGUCUCAGGCUCAGUUGAAAAAGGCCGAUGUGGCAGUUGUGCACCCAAAUGUGAGGCCAAAGAAUGAAAAAAACAGUGUUGUGAGUCUGCCUUUGGUGUCAGAGAGUGAGUUCCAGAGUUUACCCAGCUACCUGAGGCAGAUGACUCUGUACAACCUCAACCAGGCAGUACACAGCAUCAACAAAUUCACAGCAGAGUCCCAAGGAGAAAAGACAGAGCUUCAGAUGGAGGAGCUGAGGAGGAUUACCAGCGUUGGAACCAAGACCCCCGUAUACAUCCUCUGUCUAACUGAGCUCAAGAGGCUGCAACAUGUUGGAGGAGCCAGGAACACCUCUGUGUACAAACUGAGCACACACUGCUGAAGGUUGUCUGGAUACCUUACACAUUAUCCAAUAGGGAAUCGAACUCUAGUCUCGUCUAGACUCAAAAACCUACUUGUCCAUUUUUUUUUUAAUUGCCAUUAUUCAUACAUAAAUAAAACAAACAACAGAACAUACAGCUGCAAAGGGGGGGGUUACAGUUUACAACUAGUAAUGUAAUUUACAGUAAUGUUACUUAUUAAAACUCUUAUAUAAUACUAUAGUUUAUAAUGUCAGUUAAAAUAAUAAAUUCUUGAUGUCUUUAUAUCUAAACUUAAUCCAUUUUUCCCAUUUUCUGUUAAACUCGUCUUCUUUCACUCUUAGAGAAUAAGUCAUUUUCUCCAUCACAAGUAUUUGCUGAACUAAAUCUGACCACUGUCCAUGUCUGAGUGUUCUGUACUAAGCCAGCUUCUCAUAAUGGCCUUCCUAGCAGCUGUGAGUAGAAUUUUGACCAAGUAAUUAUCUUCCUUCAGCACCUCUUUAGUUUUACUUCACAGCUAUAAAAUGGAACACUUCUCUGAGAUUACAUAUCCUAAUACCUCAUUCAGCACUGAGUGCACUCUGCCCCAAAAUGUCUCUGUCUUUGGGCAACUCCAGAA